AUGGCAAGCAUCAAUUCACUGAAGGACUUCACAAGCUGCGAGUGCGACUUGCCAGAGUAUGGCCAACAGGUGCCAAGCCCAUUUCCUGAUCCCGACAAUGAGUCGGAGACGGACCCAUGGUUUCGAUUUGCAGCUUCCCGAAACCGCAAUUGCUACGACUCCGACUUUUGGAAGGUGACUGAUCCAGAGAGCAAAUCCACGUACAACUUCCUGGACUACGUUGGGACGGGGCACAUGGCGCAUGACUUAGAUAGACUUCGGCAGGCCUUCGGGGCAGAGAAGCCUAGCAUCAAUGGAAUCAGUUACGGCGCAGCAGUGGGAUCUUCCUAUGCGGCAGUAUUCCCCAAGAACACUGACAAGCUUCUCUUGAAUGGCAAUGUCUACCCAGGACCAAAUGUGGAAGACUAUUGUGCUUCGGCAGCUGUCGCAUCCCGCCAUGUCAUGGUGAAGCUUGUCAAGAUUUGCCGCAAUGAAUUGGCGGAGACAUGUCAUCAAAAUGCAAACAGCCAGGCAUUGACCCUGUGGAUUUCUUUUUGGAGGUUGUGGCCAAGGUCAGAAAAAAUCCAGAUGCUUACUCAGCCCCAACAGAUGUGGGCACAAGAUUUGUGUUGA